UCGGUGCGAGUGCGAAGGUUCUCUUCCAGUAUAGGUCGUAGGCGGCGCACCGUGACACGCUUCGCCUCCCUGCGUAGCUCGCGAAUUUGUGAUUGAACACGUGCUGCGACUUGCAGCUUGCGACCGAUCGCACGCUUCCACAGCUACCGGCGACAUCGCCACGCUCCGAUAUACAGAUCAAUCACAAUGAGGAGACACGUCGUACUUCUACUGGCUUACGUAGCUACUGCAAGUGCUACACUGGAAGUAGUCAACCAAUGGAGCUUCAUGCAGUUUGAUUUUCCCCCCGAUCCAGUGCUCUUGGAGAAGUUCCAACCAGAGAACACCGUUCCCACGGGUCUUGAGAUUGGCUGGGACAGGCUCUACUUGGGAAUACCCCGAUUGAGGGCAGGUGUACCUGCAACUUUGGCUUGGAUACCACGCAGUUUGCCCCCAGGCGUCAGUCCUGUUCUUCAGGCAUAUCCUGACUGGUCAUGGCAUACGGCUGGUCGAGGUGACAUCAACUGCACAGGUUUGAUCUCCGUGUAUCGCGUGCGAGCUGACAGAUGCAACCGACUCUGGGUCUUAGAUGCUGGAGUGGUUACCAGCAUCGACGACUUCAGACGAGUUUGCCCUCCCAAGAUCCUGAUCUUUGAUAUGGCUACUGAUCGCUUGGUACGAAGCGUAUACUUCCCUCGUGAGCUGCUGCGUCCUAGCUCGCUGCUCACCAACUUGGUGCUUGACGAUACUCGCUCCUCCAACACCAGGCUUGCAUCUUCCUGCGACCAUCUCUUCGCUUACAUCAGUGACACGGUUGCACCAGGUAUCAUCGUGUACGAUGGUCGUCGUGACAACGCGUGGAGAGUCACGCACGCCUCCAUGUACCCCGACCCUGACCUUGGAGAGUACGACAUUGGCGGCGAAAGGUUCACCCUGAUGGACGGUAUUGUGGGUCUCGCUCACUCCCCUGCUCAAGGCUUGCUGUACUACCAGCCUUUGGCCACUGACAGACUGUUCAGCGUGUCGACUGCGGUACUUGCAUCUGGUCCCCCGGCGGAAGGCACAGACUUGCCCGUAAACCUCGUGGGACGCAAGUCCUCCCAGGGUCUCGGAGUGGCGGUAGACCCGAGAGAUGACACCAUCAUCUUCAGUCCCAUGACUGAGACUGCUAUUGCGGCCUGGAACCCCAUCACAAAUACACACAAGGUGCUGGCCCAAGACCCGGAGAAGCUGCAGUUCUGCGCCGAGGUGAGAUGGGCCGAGCGCGACAACGGCGCCAUCUGGGCUCUUUCUACACGAUUCCACAAGUUCUUCCGACGCUCCGCUUCUAAACAUGAGACCAAUAUUCGUAUCUUACGCGUGGUAGACAGUGGAUUCGUCUCCCUGCAGCCGCAUGUGCUUCGUCGAGCUGUGCAGUUCAACGCUACCUCCAUCUCUCCGCACUAAAGCAUAACUUCCUGCACAAACAAGUGCACAAUAUUAGUAUAUUACACAAUAGUAGCACGGGUCUGGUCCCAAGCCAACGUCCAAUGACGUUCACUGCCAAAGUCAAUACAGAUUCCGAGUCCAAUAAAUAUUAUUUUAUUACUUGUAUUCUUAUAGCGGUUUGUGAUGAUAGUCUAAUAUUGUAGAAGAAGAACCAUAAUACGGUUAGAGAAAAAAUACUGUUCAAGUAUAUUUGAUACAGUACUGAAUCCUAAAAAAGGAAUGAUAAUGCCAUUAGUGAUGUGUUAUUAAUGCCCGUUGUGGUUCAGUUACCAUAAUGUUAUUGCGCCUAAAAUAUUUGGAUGUCAUCACAAAUUAAGCCACCAUAUACAAUGUGAGCAACGGAUACUGAAAAAUUGCAUCAACAACCUCCUUCAUAAGAAUAAACAUUCCGAAAUACUUUUAGUUACCACCUUGUUAUAAUUGCAUUUAUGCAAUAAUUCGAAAAAGGUGUACAGGAAAGGAAAAAAAGAAAUCAGUGCAUAAAAGUUAUUCAUUUAUUUAUUUUUUAUUUGUACGCAGACAGAUCUCAGUUGCUUACAAAACAAAAAGUCAGUGUCGUAAGUGUUCAACAAAAUGUACGUAUAACAUACGUAUGUAGAGGUCAUUGACCAAUAAGUUUGGAGAAUUACAAUGGUCGUUAUAUCAAAGACAUUUAUUUAAAGUAUUAGUGUUACUUCUUCUUAAGAUCAGUGAAAAAAAAAA